AUGCAACUGGGCAAGACAACUCAAUUCUUAGACGCCCACUCUAACGACAAAGAUUUCAUCCUCGCAAAUGAGUUCAAAGUCAAAUACUCCAGAGAUGAAGAAUUUGACCCUGAGAUGUUUUUUGUAGGACUUGAUCCAGGAACGAUCAAGUAUAUGGGAGCAGCUCAACCUUCGACUAAGGCUGAAGACAAUGUAAUGUCUACUUCGGCAGAAGCUGGCGAUGUUUCUACCUCUGCGCCUGCGAUUGAGAUUGCAGGUGGGAAGGAGAUUCCUUACGUUGAUCUCGAUUAG